AUGACCAAAAUGAAGUUCACCACUCUCUGCCUCACCGCUCUGGGCUUCAUCGGCUUCGCCAUGAGCCAAGGCAGCGAGACAACCCUAACAACAAGGCCAUGCAACAACCCCAAGUACUGCACCACAGUACGCACUCCACCAGCCCGCUCCAACGCCUACACCUCCAAGGAGACCGCCGACUCCACUGAGCUCACCCGCACCAUCACCGCGCACCGCCGCCAGCUCACCGUAGUCGAAUCCCACACCCGAGCCAGCGUCCACACCUCCAAGUCCAUCAAGACGCACAAGCCGCCCAAGCCCUCCAAGACCAAGACCUCCGGGGACUCGGAAAUCCCUAAGCCCUCUGAAGGUUUCUCGGACUCUGUCCGCCCGACUCGUGUCAGUGUUACUGCUCAGCGUCGCCAGGCUCUGCCAACUACUGCGACUUGCACUGAAAUCACCGAGUGGGACUCCAAGACUUAUGCGACUGCCAUCUCUACGCAUAUUCAAUGCGGACCGGAUAAGUCUAAGCCUACUUGCUCUACUUCGUACGAAUGUGGAUGCCACUCCUCCGCCUUUACGCGGGACGAUAAUCCUGAUGUACAUUUUUGCUGGCCCAUGGCGACUAGCACUAUCUUCCCCCCGGACUACGGCGGUGGAAGGUCUCAGCGGUGGGUCGCAAGGCAGGCGAAGGCUACUCAUGCGCCUAGAGCCGCGUCUGAAGAUCUCGGCGGACGGUCUCAACGUCUUGUUGCCAGGCAGGCAUUGCCAACAUCAACUUGUUCUCCGGGCCAUGUGGGAAGCGACUGCAGCACUGUCGUCUCACCACCUAGACCUACGAAGUCUUGUCCUCCGGGUUGGGUUGGGCCUGACUGCCCUUUUGCAAGUCAUGUUCACAGCACCCCGACGGUUACGGCUACCAACGAUGUUUACGCUCGUCAAGAGGCUGAAGCGGGUGGUCAUCCAGUCUAUGUUAUCACAGUCACCCAUGUCAAGCGUGUAACCGCCCGUCAAGAAGCUGAACCGACUGAUCUAGUCGAGGUUAUUACGGUUACCAAUACCAACACCAAAGAAGCUGGACCAAUUGACCCGAUCGUAGUCAUCACGGCCAUCCAUACCAAGCACGUCAACGCACGUCAAGAGGCUGAAGCAAAUGGUAACCCAAUCUACGUCGUCACGGCCACCGAUGAUAUCGCUACCACCGCCCAUCAAGAAGCUGAACCGACUGACCCAGUCUACGUUAUCACGGUCACCGAUACUAUCACUCAAGAAGCUGAACCGACUGACCCAGUCUACGUCAUCACGGCCACCGAUACUAUCGCUCAAGAAGCCGAAUCAACUGACCCAGUCUACGUUAUCACGGCCCCCAACCCAAAUGUCAACAACGCACGUCAAGCGCCUGUUUCCAAGGAACCACCGGCUUCAGAGGAACCUAAGCCUACGAAGGGGGGUUAG